AUGGGGAAUUCCGAGUCUCGAGGGGCGACGACACCCUCCAGUUCGACCAAAUUGCGGGCUAAAAGACGUGCCCUCACGCCUCAAUCCAGUGAAGCUCCGCACGACGACAGCGACGAGCCGAAAGACGGUCAAGCAGCAAUUACAACCACAUUAAGGCGGCGGUCCCGUCUGUCCAGCAGCUCGAGCUGCAGUAGUGACGACUCCUUGGCUCGGGAGAGAGGGGGUCUCGAACGAGGUCAAGAGGCGCUGGAAGAGACGUCGGCGCAGCUCAGCUAUUGGUACUUGCUCAAACAUGGGUACACGGAGCUCGUGCACUUGAUCAUUCGACCACCACGAACCACUUACGAUCCCGUGGAUUUGGGACCCCGUCAGUUUUUAUUUACGGGACGGACGUAUGUCCGGGAGGAUUUCGUGGUCGUGAAUGACCGGAGCCAGAAGCUCGUGUGUUCGCACUGGCGGCCUGCUGUGCCUUUGGCUCAAGUGGGAAUAGAAGGGGACACGCUCGUGCCAUGUGUGGUCUAUUUACACGGCAACUCAUCUUGUCGAUUGGAAGCUUUGGGUAUUUUACGCACCUGCUUGGCUGCUGGAUUGACAGUUGCUGCUUUUGAUACAGCUGGGUGUGGUCACUCGGAAGGGGAGUAUAUUUCAUUGGGGUAUUACGAGCGGGAUGAUUUACGAGAUGUGGUGACGCAUCUUCGGACAAAGAUGAAUAUUGGCACGGUAGCUCUAUGGGGCAGAAGUAUGGGAGCAGCUACAGCUCUAUUGCAUGCCGAUCGAGACCCGUCGAUUGCGGGUAUUGUUGUUGAUAGCGCUUUUGCUAGCCUUGAGCAGCUUGUGGAGGAGGUGGUGGACCGUGGACGUCAGGAAGGAAUGACACUUCCAGGUUUUCUGGUAAAAAUCGUAUUGAAGUUUAUUCGAUUGUCGGUGAAGAAGCGGGCACAUUUCGAUUUACAGCAACUCGCGCCGAUCGAUCAUGCGCCUGUUUCGUUCGUGCCAGCAUUGUUUGUGGCUGCAGAGCACGAUUCAUUUAUAGGUCCACACCACAGUGACCAGAUCUUUGCAGCGUACGGAGGAGAUAAGAAUCUGGUAAAAGUAAAUGGAGAUCACAACAGUUCACGGCCGCAAUUCUUACUUGAUUCGGCAGCAAUUUUCUUGCAGACAUCAUUGCAAGUAGAAGCGGCAGCAACUUUGCCUACGAGUGUGUUCGCGCACGGGACAAUUGGAGGUGGGGCCCGCGUACCGUGGGAAGAUGCGACGGGUCGGACAUCGUCAUUCUCAAUGUGUUCAACGCCUUCUUCGCGUUGCCACAUGACCACGGAUUUUGAUGCACGACAUUUCGGCACGAACUUGAUGUUGUUACCAACAGAGCCGUGGUCGUGUCCGUCGUGUAGUUUUGUUAACCGCCCGCCAUCAAUGCAGUGCAAAAUGUGCCGGGACAUCCAUCUCCCCGACGAUGGUACCAAUCGAGACGUGAGGGACGAGGAAGAUGAGACCACGUUUGGUGAAGCCACACGAAUACGUGCGACAACUACUGCAGCAGCGCGACCUCCAUUCGUUUCGACGCAGUCGCAAGCAGCGUCUCGAAGACGAACAUUGGAAACCGCACCAUCGUUCAGUCCAUCUACUUUGUCAUUGCGCUCAGGGCAACAGUUUGCCGGAUCAGAGCGAUCAAUGGGCGUGGUGACAGUCACGACCAAAGCGACCUCGGUUCCUACGCGAACAACGUCACCACCUUCGGUCAUAGAAGAAGGUCAAAAGUCGUAG